GUUCUAGCGUGCCGGAAGCGGAAGCGGAAGCCGCGAGUCUCCAUGGCGGCAGUGGCAGCGGCGGCGGGGCCGGUGUUCUGGAGGCGACUGCUGGGCCUCCUGCCUGGCCGCCCGGGGCUGGCCGCGCUCCUGGGGCGUUUGUCCGACCGCCUCGGCAGGAACCAGGACCGCCGGCGCAGGAGGUCACCAUGGCUGCUAUUGGCUCCCUUGCUGUCUCCAGCUGUUCCCCAGGUCACCUCCCCACCUUGCUGCCUGUGUCCAGAGGGCGUGCACAGGUUCCAGUGGAUCAGAAACCUGGUUCCAGAGUUCGGAGUCUCCAGUUCUCAUGUCAGGGUGCUUUCUUCCCCAGCAGAGUUUUUCGAGCUCAUGAAGGGACAGAUAAAAGUAGCCAAGAGGCGGGUCGUGAUGGCAUCCCUCUACCUGGGGACAGGUCCUUUGGAACAGGAACUGGUGGAUUGCCUGGAAAGUGCUCUAGAAAAGUCAGUCCAAGCGAAGUUUCCUUCAGACCUCAAGGUCUCCAUUCUCUUGGACUUCACACGGGGCUCCAGAGGGAGGAAGAACUCGCGCACAAUGCUGCUCCCACUCUUGCAAAGGUUUCCAGAACAGGUCCGAGUGUCCCUUUUUCACACGCCAAACCUCCGUGGACUUCUCCGGCUCCUUAUCCCUGAGCGCCUCAACGAGACCAUUGGCCUCCAGCACAUUAAGGUGUACCUCUUCGACAACAGCGUCAUCUUGAGCGGCGCAAACCUGAGUGACUCCUACUUCACCAACCGCCAGGACCGCUACGUGUUCUUGCAGGACUGUGCGGAGAUUGCCGACUUUUUCACAGAGCUGGUGGACGCAGUGGGGGACGUGUCCCUCCAGCUGCAGGGGGAUGACACAGUGCAGGUGGUGGACGGGAUGGUGCAUCCUUACAAAGGUGACCGGGCUGCAUAUUGCAAGGCAGCCAAUAAGAGGGUUAUGGACGUGAUCAACUCAGCCAGGACCCGCCAGCAGAUGCUGCACGCCCAGACCUUCCACAGCGACUCCCUCCUGACCCAGGAGGAUACAGCGGCUGCUGGUGAUCAGAGACCAGCCCCUGACACCUGGAUUUAUCCACUGAUUCAGAUGAAUACCUUCGAGAUUCAAAUUGACGAAAUUGUCACUGAGACCCUGCUGACUGAGGCCGAACGAGGCGCUAAGGUCUACCUCACCACCGGCUACUUCAAUCUGACUCAGGCCUACAUGGACUUGGUCUUGGGCACGAGGGCCGAGUACCAGAUCCUGCUGGCCUCACCAGAGGUGAAUGGCUUCUUCGGGGCCAAGGGGGUGGCUGGUGCCAUCCCAGCGGCCUACGUGCACAUCGAGCGGCAGUUCUACAGCGAGGUGUGCAGCCUGGGGCAGCAGGAGCGGGUCCAGCUGCAGGAGUACUGGCGGAGGGGCUGGACCUUUCAUGCCAAAGGCCUCUGGCUGUACCUGGCAGGGAGCAGCCUGCCCUGUCUCACGCUGAUUGGCUCUCCUAAUUUUGGGUACAGGUCAGUUCACCGGGACCUGGAGGCCCAGAUUGCUAUCGUGACGGAGAACCGAGCUCUGCAGCAGCAGCUUCACCAGGAGCAAGAGCAGCUCUACCUGAGGUCGGGCGUGGUAUCCUCCGCCACCUUUGAGGAGCCAAGUCGGCAGGUGAAGCUGUGGGUGAAGAUAGUGACUCCACUGAUCAAGAACUUCUUCUGAGGACAGACAGGUGCCGUCUCUAGCGCCGCCUCUCAGCGUGGUUUUCUGAGCACUCAAGACUAGGGCAGGUGGCAGUUCCCACCCAGCCAGAGCUCCCAGGGGCCUCCCAAAUUAGCCCUUUCUUCCCUUCCUCGGUAUCUCCAGGGUCCUGGACUGGCUAUUGUCAGUGUUUGAAGCCUGGUGCUAAAUUAGGCAGCCUGUUUCACCUCCUAUCAGGUGUCCCCUCCACCAAGUCCCAGUUCUCAUGGGGCACAGGAGUUGCCAGGGGCACAUCCUCCCUUCCUGCUUCCAGAGCAGAGACGUCUCGCUCAUGCUCCUGGGCCUACAGUUGGCAGAGCUCUUUCCUGGCCACAGUCACGUGCUCCUACCAACACUGCGUGUAGGUACGGCCCAAGCCUCAGAGGGGCCUCGCAGCCCGAGUGGCGGCGUCAGUGAGAGGCACGGCCCCGACUGCUGCCUGUGAGAGCUUGGAAGCUUCCUCACAUACCUUAUUGGGGAAAACAGCUCUUGUGGGGUAGAUGUUCUCUGGCUGCCCCAGGUGGCGCUGCCAGUAGUCCCCUCCCACUCCCCCUUCCCUCUGGGAAGUUGAGCGUGCUGGUGUGGGAGCGCAGGAGGUGCUGGACCGGAGGGAGGAAGUUCUCCUGGUUGGGAGAGCAGCUCUGGCUCACUGCCCUGGCCAGCUGCAGCUCACAAGGGUGAGGUGUUGAUGGAGCCAGACCUUGGGGCUGCCGCCUGCCGCCUCCCUGACGUUUCUGUGACGCACAGUUAUGGACCUGCGAUGUUCUAGAUGCACUGGCGGUUGAGUAACAGGACAUGCUCUGCCUGCCCAGAAGGAGCCUGCUGCUUCCAGAGAGGCACUGGCUGGGCCCCACAGUCACCUGAGCUACCUUUUGGCUGCGUAGACACAUGGAGGUCUGGGCAGGGGGUGGCCACUGCUGGAGGCGGGGUCUCUCUGGAGUGACCCUCUGUGUUCCAGAUUCCUCAGGACCCUGACUGUACCCCAGGUGGGACUGGGCUCCCGAGGCUCUCUGGGUCUGGAUGUUCUGUGGCACGGCCGGCCCCAGUGGCUGGGCCUUUGGCUGUGGGGGAGGGAGAGGGGAACCAGAAACAGGAACACGCGGCUGCACGGCUGGUGCGUGUUUGCCGCGUGGGUUCCCUCCGAUCCUGCCACCCUGGUUCUCCUCUCUGCCUCAUUUAAAAAAAUUUGUAUUUCAUUGUGUAGA